GUACGGACCUGGAUUAGGCCGAAAUCGAAUCGGUAGCUCGAACGGAAGACAAAUCAACGAAAUCAAAUGAACGGGUCAAAUUGAGUCAAAAUGCGAAAUCAACCAAUCAAUUCGGCGUGGAGGUUAAUCUGCCGGCGAUAUCAACUCGGGGCAGCGGCUGGAUGCGGCGAUGGUGACGGACGCCGGCGACAGUGGCGAAGCGGCAACUCGACGGCGAUGAGCAGCGACUGGCGGCGCUGCAAUUCGUCGGCGAGGAAGGACGCCGGCAGUGGAGGCGACGUCCGGCGCUCGGCGUGGCGGUGCUGCAAUUCGUCGGCGAUGAGGGCGGCGGCUACUGGCGAAGGAAGCAGCGGCGGCGACUGGCUGGGGAAGGGCGACCGGCGGCGCUGCAACUCGACGGCGGCGGACGACCGUCGAAGAAAACAGUGGCGGCGAUUGGACUCGACGGCGAUGAUGGUGGUCGCCGGUAGGGGAGGCGACGGACUUCCGGCGAAGGAUGGGCAGCGACUGGCGGCGAUGAUGGCGGCGGACUUCCGGCUGUUGAAGACGAAGAAGAAAGAAGAAGAAGAAGAAGAAGAAGAAGAAGAAGAAGAAGAAGAAGAAGAAGAAGAAGAAGAAGAAGAAGAAGAAGAAGAAGAAGAAGAAGAAGAAAAAGGAAAAGAAGGAUAAGGAUCGUGCGGUUCAAAAUAGGUUUAGGUUUAUUUAAUGGUCCCAUUCCAAAAAGGAUUGGGCUACGGACCCAAAAUACAUGAUUAAAUAGUCAUAACAUGA